CAAAGUCAUGAAAACAUUUUGAUUUUUGAAGUGCAGCAAGGACGCAUCGCGAAUAAUAGUAAAAAUUGGAAAUAUUUUUAAUGUGAGGUUUUAUCAUGUAAGUGAUGAGUUGUAAAGAAAAUGAAAGUGGCCCUUUUGUCGUGUUCUUCUUACCAGCGGUUGUUGGCUGUCUGACUAUACUCCUGGCUAGGCGUUGGGCUAACUCGCAAGUUAACAAUACGUCAACUGCGAUUUCGAGGCGCCGGAAAAUUAUUAAGGAUCCGCUUGCGAAGCGACCGCUACCCUUGAUAGCUACGAGGAUGGUGGCCCCAGGGGCGAAGAAGAGUUCUGGAGCCGCCAAAAAGGGCGCAGUGCCACAAGUUUCUGAUGAGGAUAUAAAUGGAAAGCGUACCAGGCCACGUCUGUCGCCUUCAUCAACCACCACUGUGAAUGACAACAAAAUGGCAGACAACCCAUUGCCACCAAAACACAUACCAUUCCCGUACAUACCACAGGACGGUGAGAUGCUGUUUGAGAUUAUGAGUUUUGUGUUCACCACAGUGGCAAUGGGGCUCCAGUUCUUGAAUCUGUACAGGACAAUGUGGUGGCUCCCACACUCUUCCACAACACAGGCUAUGAACUUCUACCUGAUUGACCCACAUUUGGUGGCAUUUAUAGUGAUACUUCUGUGUAGAAGGCUACUUCUUAGUUUAAGCCUUGUAUUCUUUAAGAGUAUGGUCCCACCAAAGACUCUGCCAUAUGUUAAUGUUGGUGUUAGGAUGUCUGUGUUAUGGAUUGUCCUUGGUGCGAUGUCAUGGUGUGCAUACUUCAUAUUAGUGAAACACCCUCUUGUCAAAAUAUUUUAUUUGUGCUAUCCAGCACUGAUCUACUUCAUACUGUUUGGUGUGGAUGCGGGCCCGUUCCUUGAGUUACACCGGCCCGGGACUCUCCUCAUGCACAGCUGCUCACACGAGCCCGAUGCUGUCCGUGCUGAGGUUGAGCUUCUGCGACAGGACUUCAACACCAGGGUCAAGAAGAUCCUCUUCAACUCUAUACUGGGAGCAUAUUACAGCAGCUUCGUGCCCUGCUGCUUUGCACAGUCGUACCUGCACUACGACGCGGCGGCGGCGGCGCAGCAGACGGGGCUGGUGUGGGGCGCGCUGUGCGGCCGGUACGUGGCGCAGCUGCUGCCCGCCGCGCACACGGACGCGCCGCACCGCGCCGCCAAACACCUCGGCCGGUGGGCGCCGGUCACAGGGCUGUCGCAUGCGAGUGACGUGAGCGAGUGGUCGAGCAGCAAGUGGUGGGUGCGCGGCGCGCGCGUGCGGCUGGCGGACUGCGUGUACGAGGCGAGCGCGCCGCUCGUGUGCGCGCACCCCGCCGACGCGCACCACACGCGCUUCUACUCAGUGUUUCACAAUCCUUCAAAGCUGCUCUGUCUGCUGUUAUGUCUACAGCUGGCGCUAGUGGCCAUGCAGCUGUGCCUACUCUUCGGCACGUUGGCGUGGCACAACUUCCUGGCCGUGGUCAUAUUACUCUUCAUCAAUUACUACACCCUGUUCAAAAUGUUCCGCGACUAUCUUGUCGCGUGGAAAGUGUAUAAAGCUGAAAAUAUGAUACAAGACAAAAAUGUCGCAACGCAUUCAACUAACUGAUAAGUAUUGUGGACAAACGUAUCUCCACAUAGAUGUUUAUUGUUAAUAUAUUUGUUCUAAUCGAUAGGAGACUUGUUUUCGUUUCGUCCAAUAGGCUAGUUGACACUAUUAUUUAAAUUGUCUUAAAUUGUUCAUUAUCGUUAUACUAGAUUGAAAAAAAAAUAUCUUUUUUUUCGAGACGUGAAUUCAUAAAAAUUUCAAUUUUUAAAUAUUUUUGACAAUACGAGCCAUAACGCUGUCGGCCAUGAUGAAUUUUAAUUUGGUAUAUUUUAACUGUUUCAUGACGUCACGUUAACACUAAACCUUAACCAAACGGAGUGUUUGACAAAAUUAUUAUUUUGACGUUUAUAAUGACGUCACAAAAUGGACGACAGCGUUUUAGACGUUUGAAAAAAUUUAUUCUUUGAUAUUGAUAUAUUUCGGACCCUUAAUUCCAUGUCAUCAACCCAUAUUCGGCUCACUGCUGAGCUCGAGUCUCCUCUUAGAAUGAGAGGGGUUAGGCCAAUAGUCCACCACGCUGGCCCAAUGCGGAUUGGCAGACUUCGCACACGCAGACAAUGAAGAUAAUUCUCUGGUAUGCAGGUUUCCUCACGAUGUUUUCCUUCACCGAUUGAGACACGUGAUAUUUAAUUUCUUAAAAUGCACACAACUGAAAAGUUGGAGGUGCAUGCCCCGGACCGGAUUCGAACCCACACCCUCCGGAAUCGGAGGCAGAGGUCAUAUCCACUGGGCUAUCAAUGCUUAAUUCCAUGUACUACACGAAAUUAAUAUUGUUUUUAUUAAAUUUGAUAUGAGUCAACUAUCCUAUUGACGUAUCAUUUGGUCUAAUCUAUAUGAGACUUGUUCGCAUGUCAUCCAACUCCUGUAUAAAGUGGUCACCAAUGGAUUGUACAACAACUGAUGAAAACAAUUUGUUUAUUCUGGUCUUUUUAAUAAUCUAAUUUGCAAAUUAACUGUCAUAAAAUAACUUAUUAGGUAGGUAGUAAUUAUCACAUUCGUUUUCUCUCUACAAACGAUCUGAUUCUCCCAUCACAACAUUAAUAAAAUGGUGUUAAAAAGAAAUGCUCGUUUUAUUUUGCUAUGUCGCUUGCAAACGAGUAUUUUUAUUUUUACCAGACUUCCAAAAAUGAGUCUAUGUUUGGCUGUUUGUAUGUUUAUUUAAACUUAUUAUUUUUACAAUGUAAAUUGGACCAACCAUGACUAAAUUUAUUAUUUUCACUGACUGUACAAUUUGUUAGUAAUUUUGUACCAAAACAGUUUAAUAAAACUGCUGAAGUGACAACUCUGCGUGUAUACUGUGAAAUAUUUGUGUCUUUUUAUUUCUUAUCUCUGCUGAGUCAAGUCGCGGCCAAAUACAGCUUAAAAAUAAACCAAAAUAAUGAAUAUAGAUUAGAGAUUGAACAAAAAUUCAUAAAAGUUAACUCCUCAUGUACCUAUAUUCAUAUUUUUUGGCCGAGCACAUUUUGUCCAAACAGAUUUCUCGAAAUAGUAUGUAUAUAAGUCUAUAUUAGGCUGUGAAGCGACAAGCAAGUAAAUAAUCUAUGUAACUUCCAUACUUGGAAUUUGUAAUUUAUAUAACAACUAUUUUGUUUACUAUGUAGGUAAUAUAAAAAAAUUGUUUCGCUUUUAAUUUUCUAGUCCAAGUACACGGAAACAUACUGAUUGUUAUAUAUAAAUUAUAAAAUAAGUGUUCCAAGAUUUGUUACGAAAUCAAAAUACUUUUUUACUUAACUUAUUAUUGCUCAUUUCAAACUUUGAGAAAUUCAAAAACAUAAUAUAUUUCUUUGACAAAUGUUUAUAUUUUAAAACACAAUUCGGAUAUUAUUUUAAUUAUGUACUUAAAUGAUUGCGACCUGGUUCUUAUUUUGAGUGUUUUGUGAAAAAAAUAACUAGCCAUCUCUCCCUAUGCAAAAAGUACCAAAAAAAAGUAAUAUCAAUUGGAUACCCAAAUUCGAAUUUACUAACUUACCUGCAAAACUAGUAGGUGUACAUUGCAUAGAAAGAUAUCCUAACUGAUAUUAUAAAUGUGAAUGUGACUUUGUUUGUUACACUUUCAUGGCGAAACGAUAAAACCAAUUAAAAAAGUUUGUGUCAGCUCCGAAGCACGAAUGGAGUUUACUCAUUCCGAUCGACUGUCUAAAUAGGUGUAUGUUGCCUCGCAGUACACACUAUGUACGUCUCAAUACUAACGCCACAAAAAGUGAAAAGUGCGCAGGCGAGGAGCAUACGCACGUACGGUGAAAGGUGCGCAGAAAAGGUUGCGCACAAAAACGUAAAACGCUGUCAGUCGUUCAUCUAAUUUUACUGCCCGUAUUUUUUUUAAUACCGGGGGCUACAUAAUAUGAAAAAUCGAUUCAUAAGGAAUAAACUCCAAAAAGAUAUUUCUAAAUAGACGGAAAAAAAUAUGCUUAAUUGUAGGACGUCAGUAAUUUUAUCUGAGUAAAAUUGUUUUGCUAUAGAUUUUGGCGGAAUAAAAGUAGCUGGUAUGUAAUCCAGGGUAAAAUCCAUCUGUAAUAGAAAUCCAUUUGUAGUUUGCAAAUAUGAGUAACUAGCUAACGCUGCGCGGUUUCACCCGCGUGGUUUCCGUUCCCGUAGGAGAACGGAGAUAAUAUAUAGCCUAUAGCCUUCCUCGAUAAAUGGGCACUGAAAGAAAGUAGUUCCUGAGAUUAGCGCGUUCAAUCAAACAAACAAACAAACUCUUCAGCUUUAUAAUUAUAAUAUUAGUAUAGACUAGCGGCCGCCCGCGACUUCGUCCGUGUGAAAUUUAGUUUUGCACAAAUCCCUCGGGUCGGGAACCAUGGAUUUUCCGGGAUGAAAAGUAGCCUAUUUUUUUAUUAAUCCAGAGUAAAAUCUAUUUCCAUUCCAAAUUUCAGCCAAAUUGGUUCAGUAGUUGCGGCGUUGAAGAGUAACAAACAUCCAUACAAACUUUCGCGUUUAUAAUAUUAGUAGGAUAAACAUUAAAUACAAAUAAAUUAAUGCACACUUUCACAUUAUUAAUAUAAGUGAUAUGGGAUCUAUUUGCCAAUGAACCUGAUUGUGUUUUAAAUUCAUAUAAUAUUAAAGUACAUCAUUUAAGAAGGGCCCUAUUGUUUUAAGACUCACGUGUAAUUGGAAAUCUUGAAGACUGACAUUAUCUAAGUCGUAGUUUUAGUUUUCCGAUUAUAUUUUGUUCACAAUGUGGAGAUACGAAUAGUUUCCUGUAAGAGCAAAAUAUUGAUAACAGACUUUGAAGAAAUGAACAAAUAUAAUACAUACUUGCCAUAUA